UUUGGCGCUCCGCUCCGUUCCGACCGGGUCCGGCCGCCGCCGCCAUGCAGUCCCCGGGCUUCAUGCUGCUCGCCCUCGGCCUGUUGGCCGCGUCCGCCACCGCACUCAUCAGAACCCAGAAAAACUGACCUCCAUCUCCAGCUCCCUCAUGUAAGGCCAGACCCCCUGAGGCCACCAAGCCAGGACUCCUGGAGGGGUGCUCCCAGCAAGAAUCCCCCUGCACAAGUUCACAUCCAUCCGCCGAACCAUGACGGAGAUGGGGGGCCCUGUGGAAGACCUGAUCCUUCGAUCUCCCGUGACCAAGUACUCCCUGCAAUCGCCUGCCAAGACCAAGGGCCCAGUGCCUGAGAUGCUCAAGAACUACAUGGAUGCCCAGUACUACGGGGAGAUUGGCAUCGGGACCCCCCCUCAGUGCUUCACAGUCGUGUUUGACACUGGCUCCUCCAACCUGUGGGUCCCCUCCGUCCAUUGCAAGGUGCUGGACAUGGCCUGCUGGUUUCAUCACAAGUACAACAGCGACAAGUCCAGCACCUAUGUGAAGAACGGCACAAGCUUUGACAUCCACUAUGGCUCAGGCAGCCUCUCUGGGUAUCUGAGCCAAGACACUGUGUCGGUGCCCUGCAAGUCAGGGCUGUCAGCCCCAGGUGGAGUCAGAGUGGAGAGGCAGGUCUUUGGCGAGGCCACCAGUCAGCCGGGCAUCACCUUUAUCGCGGCCAAGUUCGAUGGUAUCCUAGGCAUGGCCUACCCCCGUAUCUCUGUCAAUAACGUGCUGCCUGUCUUCGACAACCUGAUGGAGCAAAAGCUGGUGGAGAAGAACGUCUUCUCCUUCUACCUGAACAGGGAUCCCAGCGGGCAGCCUGGAGGGGAGCUGAUGCUGGGAGGUAUUGACCCCAAGUACUGCAAGGGCAGCUUCUCCUACCUGAAUGUCACCCGAAUGGCCUACUGGCAGGUUCACAUGGACCAGUUGAAUGUGGGCACCGAGCUAACCCUGUGCAAGGGGGGCUGUGAGGCCAUCGUGGACACGGGCACCUCCCUCCUGGUAGGCCCGGUGGAAGAGGUGAAGGAGCUACAGAAAGCCAUUGGGGCCGUGCCUCUGAUCCAGGGAGAGUACCUGAUCCCCUGUGAGAAGGUGUCCAGCCUGCCUUCGGUCACCCUGAGGCUAGGAGGCAAAGACUACACGCUGUCACCAAAUGACUACACACUCAAGGUGUCUCAAGCCGGGAAGACCAUCUGCCUGAGUGGUUUCAUGGGUAUGGACAUCCCGCCACCCAGCGGGCCACUCUGGAUUCUGGGUGAUGUCUUCAUUGGAAGCUACUACACCGUGUUCGACCGUGAAAACAACAGAGUUGGCUUCGCUGAGGCCGCCAGGCUCUAGCUUGCCCCCUGCCUGCCAGCAGGGCAAAGGACCAGAGUCCAGUAGGAGGAGGCCAGCCAGCUCUCACCCCUAGUUCCUUGCCCACUCACACACUCACAUACUCACUGCCCACUGCAAGGGCUCCCAGGAGGCCGGGCCCGAGCUAGUCUUGCUGUUCUGUUCUGUGGUUUUUCCUUCCUCCCUGCCUGCCUGUCUGUCUGAAGAGGGGCAGAGGUCAGUCCAGCACAUGGAUCCAUUUUGCUGCCUUGUAAGCCCCAGUCCAUGCUUGGCACUUGCCAAGUUUGUGUGUCCCAGGAGCCCCCCUCCCCGACAGCCCUGCCAUCCUUGGCUGCCUGGUCCACAAGGAGCCCCUGCCCUGUGACAGUCAGCCCUCAGAAUCCUCCUCCAGAAGCCUGCCCUGCCCCAGGUCUCUCCGCCCAGCCUGGGGCCAGUGCCAGGCUCUGUCACCCCCUCUCAUCUGUAUGUCCUGGCCACUGAAGCCUGAAGAUGUGUAAGAAAGAACAAGAGGACAAAAGUCAGCUUUGUGGGCCUGUGGGGUCCUGGGGUUUGACCCCACCCUGGAGGGCAUGUAUUGGGGGCUCUGGAUGACUGGGGUGGGGCAGUGACUGACCUGCUGCUCUUCUCCCGGGGCAGCUGGGAGCCAAAGUUGAAGAUGUGUGAAUACAGUUGUUUGGGCCUCUG